GGCAACGCGGACGUUACCUAACAAUCACACAGCAACCAAUCACAAUGCGACAGUUCAUAUUACACAAGUGUAAAAGCUACGGAAUGCGUAACAGCGUAACAGCUUAGCAGUCUCGCGGCGGGAAAUGGAGCGAUCCGUUCGAAAUUCAAGUGUGAAUUUUUAAUUUUCCUGCAUAUUGACUCUAUGGUCAAAGUGGGAUAAAUUAACAGAAAUGCCGCCCCAGAAUCGGUUUCAUUAUAUAACGGCAUAAAUGAACUAUAAAUAAUAUAACAUAUAAAUAAAUAAAUAAAUAAACAAUAAAAAGAAAAUGGACCAAACAGUAUUCCGGUACGACGCGGACGGAUGUGUUUCACAGCAGAGCCGCAGUGGGGCGCUAGCUGCGCUGACACUGCUGACCAGCUACAACCAGCUUCUGGCGCCACCUGAUGUGCGCGGCUCCCUGGGCGGGUUGCUGUCUGCAUUGCCGCCGCCGUGCCUCGCUGGGUGUUGCCGCACUCACGGCCCUCUCUCCGUGCCCACAGCGCCACUGCUGAGCCCCGGCUCAUGCGAGGGGGAAGUGUACCGCCGCCGCGGCGAGAAGCGUCCCAUUCCGGCGGAGCUGAAGGACGAGAAGUACUUCGAGCGACGCCGGCGCAACAACCAAGCCGCUAAGAAGUCACGGGACGCGCGCAGGAUGCGCGAAGACCAGAUAGCGUGGCGCGCAUGCGUGCUCGAGCAGGAGAACGCGUCCUUACGCGCGCACGUGGCCGCGUUGAGACAGGAGGCGCUCGCGCUGCGUGCGCUGCUAGCCGCGCAGGCGCCGCACGCGUCCAUCGCCCACACUGCCCACCCUGUUCCCCCCGCACCCCCGCACACUCAACCCGCUCCCACGUCCACUACAAGCGAUUAAAGAAAUAUUCAAACCCUAAGGACAAGGAAUUACAUAGAAGCAAUGAUAAAAUA